CCCCACAAGAGGCGGAGGACGUCUGAGCCGUCGGAGAUCGAAGAGAGGCUCGAGUCACUCAUCUGCAGGGUGGGAGAGAAGAGUAAUUCAUCUUUGGAGAGCAACUUGGAGGGCCUAGCUGGUGUUUUGGAAGCUGAUCUGCCAAAUUACAAAAGCAAGAUACUAAGAAUACUAUGUACUGUUGCACGUCUGUUACCAGAAAAACUUACUGUUUACACGACGCUAGUUGGGUUGCUGAAUGCCAGAAACUACAAUUUUGGUGGGGAAUUUGUAGAAGCCAUGAUUCGUCAGCUUAAAGAAUGUCUGAAAGUCAAUAUGUAUAAUGAAGCUGUGCAUUUAGUUCGUUUUCUAUCUGAUCUUGUAAAUUGUCACGUAAUAGCUGCACCUUCAAUGGUAGCUAUGUUUGAGAACUUUGUGAGUGUGACACAGGAGGAAGACGUGCCCCAAGUUCGAUGUGACUGGUAUAUGUUUGCAUUCCUGUCAUCUUUGCCUUGGGUUGGAAAGGAGCUAUAUGAGAAAAAGGAUGCUGAAAUAGAUCGUCUCUUGUCUCAGACAGAAAGCUAUUUGAAACGCCGCCAGAAGAUUCAUGUACCUAUGCUACAAGUUUGGACUGCUGAUAAGCCACAUCCGCAAGAAGAGUAUUUAGACUGCCUUUGGUCUCAGAUUCAGAAGUUGAAAAAAGACCGUUGGCAAGAACGACACAUUCUGAGGCCCUACUUAGCUUUUGACAGCAUUCUGUGUGAAGCGCUGCAACACAAUCUGCCUCCGUUCACUCCACCACCUCACACCGAAGAUUCAGUGUAUCCGAUGCCAAGGGUUAUUUUUAGGAUGUUUGACUACACAGAUGACCCUGAGGGCCCUGUCAUGCCUGGCAGCCACUCUGUUGAACGAUUUGUUAUAGAAGAGAACCUUCACUGCAUCAUCAAAUCCCACUGGAAAGAGAGAAAAACUUGUGCUGCACAGCUGUUGAGCUAUCCAGGAAAUAACAAGAUCCCCUUGAACUACCACAUAGUGGAGGUAAUAUUUGCAGAAUUGUUUCAACUUCCAUCUCCACCACACAUUGAAGUCAUGUACACAACACUCCUGAUUGAACUGUGCAAACUUCAGCCUGGCUCUUUGCCACAAGUUCUUGCACAAGCCACGGAAAUGCUCUACAUGCGCUUGGAUACCAUGAAUACCACCUGUGUAGACAGAUUUAUUAACUGGUUUUCUCACCAUUUGAGCAACUUUCAGUUCCGUUGGAGCUGGGAAGAUUGGUCAGAUUGUCUUACUCAGGACCUUGAAAAGCCCAAACCCAAAUUUGUGAGAGAGGUUUUGGAGAAAUGCAUGCGACUCUCCUACCAUCAGCGAAUAAUAGACAUUGUUCCUGCAAGUUUUUCAGUCCUCAGUCCUGCUAAUCCAGUGUGCAUUUACAAAUACGGAGAUGAAAGUAAUAGGUCUCUUCCUGGAUAUACUGUGGCACUUUGUUUAACAAUUGCAAUUAAAAAUAAGGCCAGUAAUGAUGAAAUCUUCAGCAUUUUAAAAGAUGUGCCUAAUCCAAACCAGGAUGAUGAUGAUGAUGAAGGAUUUACCUUCAAUCCUCUGAAAAUAGAAGUCUUUGUUCAGACUCUGCUCCAUCUAGCUGCAAAGUCCUUCAGCCACUCCUUCAGUGCCCUGGCAAAGUUUCAUGAAGUCUUCAAAACGCUUGCUGAAAGUGAUGAGGGAAAACUCCAUGUUCUGAGGGUUGUAUAUGAGGUUUGGAAGAAUCAUCCACAGAUGAUUGCUGUGCUUGUGGACAAGAUGAUUCGGACACAAAUUGUUGACUGUGCUGCAGUAGCAAACUGGAUCUUCUCUUCAGAGCUUGCACAUGAUUUUACUAGGUUUUACAUCUGGGAGAUACUACAUUCUACAAUUCGUAAGAUGAAUAAGCAUGUUCUGAAGAUUCAGAAAGAACUGGAGGAGACUAAGGCAAGAUUGGCCAGGCAGCACAAAAGACGAGACAGUGAUGAUGAUGAUGACGAUGAUGAUCGAAGCAGUGAUCGGGAAGACGGACCGCUAGAAGAGCAGAUAGAGCGCUUGCAGGAAAAAGUGGAGUCAGCCCAGAGCGAGCAAAAGAAUCUCUUCCUUGUUAUAUUCCAGCGUUUCAUUAUGUUGUUAACUGAGCACUUAGUGCGCUGUGAGACUGGUGGAAUCGAUGUAUUUACACCUUGGUACAAGAGCUGUAUAGAGAGGCUGCAGCAGAUCUUCCUGCAGCAUCACCAGAUAAUCCAGCAGUACAUGGUGACCCUAGAAAACCUCCUGUUUACAGCUGAACUGGACCACCACAUACUGGCUGUGUUUCAGCAGUUCUGUGCUCUGCAGGCCUGAGGAUUAUUCACAGACAGAGUCUCGUCUGGAGGACUUAAUCGAGUUUAAAUUUUUUAAUGGGAAAACUUGACAUGGGGAUGGAAGAAAUCUUUGACUUAAAACUAGCUUUCAUUGCUCCUAUAUAAAACAGUACAGUACUCUAACCAACAGCAAACUGUGUAAGCAUCACAAGCCUUACAAGAUGUGACUGAUAGGGGAUAGACAUGGAGUAAUGUAUUAAUUCUUUUUGUUGUCUUUUGGUUUGAUUCUUGACUUCAUGAUAGUAUUUUUGUUUCUUCCCUGUUGUUUAUAUAAAAUUACCUCAGCCUACCCAACA